UUCUGUAUUUACUUCAGAGCACUGAUAAAUGGGUAGGAAUGUUCUGGUUUACCAAACCCUUCCUUCCACCCUUCAUCUUAAAGGUGCAUUAGUCAGUUUUAUCAAAAUUUAUUCCAACUGAAGACAAAACAUUGGUGAGUUCAGGUAGAUCCAACUUACACGCUCCCUCUUCCAGUUAGCUUACUCCAUCUCAGAUGGUCCAGAUGAACGAGAAGAAAGAAAGAUCUGACCAGUCUGUUCAGGUCAUGGCAGCGCGGGGCGGCGGGUCGCAGCCGCCGCAGCUCCCCGAGUACAGCUACAGCUACGUGGUGUCGCGGCCGGUCUACAGCGAACUCGCCUUCCAGCAAAAGCACGAGCGGCGCCUGCAGGAGCGCAAGACUCUGCGGGAGAGCCUGACCCAAAGCUGCAGUUGUUCAAGAAAGAGAGCCUUUGGUGUGCUAAAGUCUCUCAUACCUAUCUUGGAGUGGCUCCCCAAAUACCGAAUCAAGGAAUGGUUGCUAAGUGACAUCAUUUCGGGAGUUAGUACUGGACUAGUGGGUACAUUGCAAGGGAUGGCGUACGCUUUACUCGCUGCAGUUCCUAUUGGAUAUGGUCUCUACUCUGCCUUUUUCCCUAUCCUGACAUACUUCAUCUUUGGAACAUCAAGACAUAUCUCAGUUGGACCUUUUCCAGUGGUCAGUUUAAUGGUGGGAUCUGUUGUUCUGAGCAUGGCCCCCGAUGAAAACUUUCUUGUGUCCAGCGUUAAUGGAACUGCAGCCAAUACCACCCUGAUAGACUCUGCAGCUAGAGAUGCAGCAAGAGUGCUGAUUGCGAGCACUCUUACACUUUUGGUUGGAAUCAUACAGUUGAUAUUUGGAGGUUUGCAGAUUGGAUUCAUAGUGAGGUACUUGGCAGAUCCUUUGGUUGGUGGAUUCACAACAGCUGCUGCCUUCCAAGUGCUGGUCUCACAGCUGAAGAUUGUCCUCAACGUUUCAACCAAAAAUUACAAUGGGGUUCUAUCCAUUAUCUACACUCUGGUUGAGAUUUUUCAAAAUAUUGGUCAUACCAAUCUUGCUGAUUUCAUUGCCGGAUUACUCACCAUUGUCAUCUGUAUGGCAGUUAAGGAAUUAAAUGAUCGAUUUAAACACAAAAUCCCCGUCCCUAUUCCUAUAGAAGUAAUUGUGACAAUAAUUGCUACUGCCAUUUCAUAUGGAGCUGACUUGGAAAACAAUUACAAUGCUGGCAUUGUUAAAUCCAUCCCAAGGGGGUUUUUGCCUCCCGCACUCCCGUCUGUAAGCCUGUUCUCUGAGAUGCUGGCCGCAUCAUUUUCCAUUGCUGUGGUGGCUUACGCUAUUGCAGUGUCAGUAGGAAAAGUAUACGCCACCAAAUAUGAUUACACCAUCGAUGGGAACCAGGAAUUCAUUGCCUUCGGGAUCAGCAACAUCUUCUCGGGAUUCUUCUCUUGCUUUGUGGCCACCACUGCCCUGUCCCGCACUGCUGUCCAGGAGAGCACGGGGGGAAAGACACAGAUUGCAGGCAUUAUCUCGGCUGUGAUUGUCAUGAUUGCCAUUGUUGCCCUGGGGAAGCUUCUGGAACCCUUGCAAAAGUCAGUCCUGGCAGCUGUUGUAAUCGCCAACCUGAAAGGGAUGUUUAUGCAGGUGUGUGACGUUCCCCGGCUGUGGAGGCAGAAUAAGACUGAUGCUGUUAUCUGGGUGUUUACGUGUGUGGUGUCCAUCAUUCUGGGGCUGGACCUUGGUUUACUAGCUGGCCUUAUAUUUGGACUAUUGACUGUGGUCCUGAGAGUUCAGUUUCCUUCAUGGAAUGGCCUAGGAAGCAUCCCUAGCACAGAUAUCUACAAAAGUACCAAGAAUUACAAAAACAUUGAAGAACCAGAAGGAGUGAAGAUUCUUAGAUUUUCUAGUCCUAUUUUUUACGGCAAUGUUGAUGGUUUUAAAAAAUCCAUCAAGUCCACAGUUGGAUUUGAUGCCAUUAGAGUAUAUAAUAAGAGGUUGAAAGCACUGAGGAAAAUACAGAAACUUAUAAAAAACGGACAAUUACGGGCAACAAAGAAUGGCAUCAUAAGUGAUGCUGGUUCGUCCAAUAAUGCUUUUGAGCCUGAUGAAGAUAUUGAAGAUCCGGAAGAACUUGAUAUUCCAACCAAGGAAAUAGAGAUUCAAGUGGAUUGGAACUCUGAGCUUCCAGUCAAAGUGAAUGUUCCCAAAGUGCCAAUCCAUAGCCUCGUGCUUGAUUGUGGAGCUAUAUCUUUCCUGGACGUUGUUGGAGUGAGGUCACUGCGAGUGAUUGUCAAAGAGUUCCAAAGAAUUGAUGUGAAUGUGUACUUUGCAUCGCUUCAAGAUCACGUGAUAGAAAAGCUGGAGCGAUGUGGGUUCUUUGACGAUCACAUUAGGAAGGACACAUUCUUUUUGACUGUCCAUGAUGCAAUACUUUAUCUACAGAAUCAGGUGAAAUCCCAAGAGGGUCAAGAUUCUAUCUUAGAAACGAUCACCCUCAUUCAAGACUGUAAAGAUCCUCUUGAACUAAUGGGAGCAGAGCUGAGGGAAGAAGAACUUGACGUCCAAGAUGAGGCUAUGCGUAGACUUGCUUCCUGAACCUGGGCGUAGGACGUCUCUCUGAGUAAGGACCCCAAGACCAGAUGGACCUGCCCCUGUCAUUCUAUGCAAACAUUUUCUGCAUUGAUUAUUUCUUCAGACUUGAAACACUCAUUCUUUUUCUAUAAGAAUUUUUAAAUAUUUGAUUUCUUUUAACCUCUUGGCCAUUGAAAGAGAAGCACUAAAAUCAUUUCUAAGCUUUAUUUAUUAAAUAAACAGUUUACCUCUAAAAUGGGCAAAAUGGUGAGGAGAAUUAUUUGGUGAGGAGAAUUCAGUCAUGUCCAGGAUUUGCUGAUGUUAUAAUAUGCCACUGAUCCCUCAUGACAGAUUGCUAACACUGUUCACCUGAGUACUGGGGUUUCUCUAUACAGCUGGACUGAGGCCUCUGUGGUCAGGUGAGUCAGGAAUGACCAACAAUAAAGAAAAAUCAGUUUUUGACAGACCUUGAUAGCCAUGAGCUGCACUGGUCGUUACUCUUGUGUAAGGUCACGUUCAGUAAAUUCAGAAAUUUAAUUAUCAAUGCAUUCAACAUCCAAAGCCUUCAAAAAUCACUUUUGGUAAAUAAUUCAAGGUUUUUGUUUUUUGUAGAGACAGAAUCUCACUUUAUCGCCCUCGGUAGAGUGCUAUGGUGUCACAGCUCACAGCAACUUCCAGCUCUUGGGCUUAGGCUAUUCUCUUGCCUCAGCCUCCCAAGUAGUUGGGACUACAGGUGCCCGCCACAAUUGUUGCAGUUUGGUCAGGGCUGGGUUUGAACCCGCCACCCUCAGUAUAUGGGGCCGGCACCUUACCAACUGAGCCAUAGGCACCACCCAUAAUUCAAGUUUUUAAAAUAUAAGUUUGAUUGGCUGGGCACAGUGGCUCAUGCCUGAAAUACUAGCACUCUGGAAGGCUGAAGCAGAUAGAUUGCUUGGGCUCAGCAGUUCGAAACUAGCCUGAGCAUGAGUGAGACCACAUCUCUACUGAAAAUAGAAAAACUGAGGCAAGAGGAUCGCUUGAGCCCAAGUGUUUGAGGGUUUGAGGUUGCUGUGAGCUAGGAUGAAGGCAUGGCACUCUAUCCAGGGUGACAAAUGAGAAAAUGAGACUCUGCCUCAAAAAAAAAAAGCAAGUUUGAUUAGUACUUU